AUGAGCGCCGCGAACCACCGAGUUGCACAAGUCAAUGUCGCAGCAUUGGCCCGCUGCCCUGGAUGCGCGAAGGACCAUGCCCUUGCCGGCCAGUUCAUCUGGUUGCAGACCUUCGAUCUGUACAACAAACUCGACGUUGCGCUUCCGUUCAGUGUUACCGCUGAAAUCGAGAUUGCGGGAGGAAGUGUUAGCAAUGGCCUCUUCCUAUACUUCGACCACGAACAUUGUGUUGGCCCCUGGGACGAACGAGUCCACGAUUGCGAGAGUCUCUUAGUAGACGACAGCUUACGAGCCAUCCAAGUUGCUUCGACUGCGUUUCGUAACGGCCUCCACAUCAACGCUGGUCCCCCGAUUUAA